AGCGCGUCGGAAGAGUCCCAGACCAGGUGAAGAUGUUGGAGUCACUGUUGGCGUUUGGCGGCCUGGUGCUGCUUCGUGACUCCGUGGAGUGGGAGGGGCGCAGUCUUUUGAAGGCGCUUCUCAAGAAAUCUGCGCUGUGUGGGGAGCAAGUUCACAUACUGGGCUGUGAGGUGAGCGAGGAAGAGUUUCGUGAAGGUUUUGACUCCAGCAUCAACAGCCGGUUGAUUUAUCAUGACCUGUUCAGAGACCCUCUCGGCUGGUCAGAGACCAGAGAAGCAUUUCUGGGGGACGCUCUGGGAACCCUGAAAGCCAUAUGCAGGAGGACGGAGUCUGGUCCUGUCACCAUUGCUCUUGAUUCACUCAGCUGGCUGCUGCUUCACUUUCCCUUCACCACAGUCUGUCAGACACUGCAUUCUCUCAGCCAUCAGGAUUCCGGCCCUGGUGACAGCUCCCCACUCAAGCAGGUACGAAUUUUGGGCCUACUACAUGAAGAACUUCAUGGCCCAGGCCUUGUGGGAGCGUUGAGUAGCCUUUCACAGUCUGAGGUGACUCUGAGUGGUAAAACAGGCCAGACCCUGGCAGCCCACAUCCUAUGUCGGAGAGCUGGACAUCGCCCAACCCAUCAGACUCAGUGGUUUUCCAUCCUGCCCGACUUCAAUGUGGAUCUCCAAAGGGGACCAUCCCCAGAGUCCCAGGCCCACCUAGAUCCUCACAGACCCCAGGUGGAUCCCAUGACUCAUUUAACCUUUAACCUUCACCUGUCCAAGAAAGAGAAAGAAGCCAAAGAUAGCCUGAUCCUGCCCUUCCAUUUCAGCUCUGAAAAACAACAGGCUUUACUGCACCCUGGACCAGGCCAGGCUACCAGCCACAUCUUUUAUGAGCCAGAUGCUUAUGAUGAUCUGGACCAAGAAGAUCCAGAUGAUGACCUGGAUGUUUGACUGGCCUCUAGACUAAUUCGAGGCGG